UCCGCACCGAGCCGGGCCUUAACAAAACAAGCUCCAACUCUGGAGCAUCAAGCUCAAACAUACCAGCUCUCAAUCUUCUCUAUCAGAUUUCCACUAAACCGAUACAGCUACAGCUCCAUCUAACAUAUCAAUCAAUUCGACAGAUCCAUCACCACCAUGCAAGUCCUCCUAUUAGGCGGCCACGGCAAAGUAGCCCUGCAACUGACCCCGCUUCUCCUCGCCCGCUCCUGGAACGUCACCAGCGUCAUCCGCAACGCCGAGCACGAGAACGAGAUCCUCGCUCUAGGCAAAGGCGCCAAAGGCAAACUGAACGUUCUCCUCUCCAGCCUCGACGAUGUGAAUAGCGACGCCGAUGCCAAGAACAUCCUCGACCGCGUUUCCCCAGACUAUGUCGUCUGGUCUGCAGGAGCCGGCGGCAAAGGCGGACCCGCACGCACGCACGCCAUCGACGAAGUAGCAGCAAAGCACUUCCUAAGCGCCUCAUUCUCACACCCAAGCGUACGCAAAUUCCUCCUCGUCUCUUGGAUCGGCAGCCGCCGCAAGCAACCCACCUGGCUAUCGGACGACGAAUGGGCGGGUCUCCAGAACGUCUUCUAUAACGUCCUCCCCGCAUACGCCAAGGCCAAGCUCGAAGCGGACGAGUACAUGACUGCGUUGGCGGCGGCGCGCAAGAAGCUUGUUGCUGCGGGGGCCGCGCAGCCCCUGCAGGCGAUUAAUCUAAGACCGGGGACGUUGACGGAUACGCCUGCGACGAGGAAGGUGGAUCUGGGGAAGACGAAGAAGGGCAGGGCCAAUGUGUCGAGGGAGGAUGUGGCCAUUGUGGCGGAUGCGCUGUUGGCGAGGGAUGAUGUUGAGGGGUGGUUGGAUUUGUUGGAGGGAGGGGAGAAUGUGGAUGUUGCUGUUGAACGGGUUGCGAGAGAGGGGGUGGAUGCUGUUGAGGGCGAGGAUGUGGAGGGGAUGAUGAGGAGGUUUGGGUUGUAAGCCUGUAGUAGGUAUGAUACUUAGAAUGAUG